CCGGGCGCUGCUUGCCGGGGCGUCUCCCGCCCCAGUGGCUUAUCUAAGCCCGGGGGCGGGGCGGCGCUUACACAACAGCCGGGCGGGAGAGCGGCCAUGUCCUGGUACCGGAACGCCGUGUGGUUCCUGAAGGGGCUGCGGGAAUACACCAGGAGUGGCUAUGAGUCUGCAUCCAAACACUUUGUUCCGGCAGACUUGGAGGUAAACGUAACUGGAAGAUCUUUCAUGAUUACUGGAGCAAACAGUGGUAUUGGCAAAGCAGCUGCAACAGAGAUAGCAAAGAGAGGUGGCACACUUCAUCUAAUUUGCCGAAAUAAAGAGCGAGCUGAAGAAGCUAAAAGCGAAAUAAUAACAGAAACUGGUAAUCAGAAUGUCUUUUUGCACAUUCUGGAUAUGUCUAAUCCCAAGGGCAUUUGGGAGUUUGCAGAAAAAUUCAAGACUGAACAUAAGUUAAAUGUCUUGAUCAACAAUGCAGGUUGCAUGGUAAAUGAAAGAGAACUAACAGAGGAUGGACUUGAAAAGAACUUUGCAACAAAUACGUUAGGCACAUACGUUCUUACAACUGCUCUAUUGCCUUUGUUGGAAAAAGAAGAUGAUCCCAGAGUUAUAACAGUCUCUUCAGGAGGGAUGUUGGUUCAGAAAUUAGACGUAUCUGAUUUGCAGUCUGGAAAUGUAACAUUCGAUGGUACUAUGGUCUAUGCCCAAAACAAGAGACAGCAAGUAGUCUUGACAGAACAAUGGGCUAAGGUGCACAAAAAUAUUCAUUUCUCAGUCAUGCAUCCUGGCUGGGCAGAUACACCAGCUGUGAGAUCAGCGAUGCCAGAAUUCUAUGAAAGGAUGAAGAACAAACUGCGCACAGAGGCUCAGGGAGCUGAUACAGUAGUGUGGCUGGCAGUCUCGCCUGCAGCAGCUAAGCAAGCAAGUGGCCUGUUCUUCCAAGAUCGGCAACCUGUUGCUACCCACUUACCCUUUGCCAGAACGUAUUCUUCACCAGAAGAGGAAGCAAGGCUAAUAGAAGCCUUGGAAGAGCUGUCCCAGAGGUUUAAACCCACUUGAUCACUCCACCUAACUGAACAGAAAUAAAGCUUUGAAUUAAAAAAUUAUCAAUACUGUGUUACAAAUAUGAGGGGAAGAGGAACAAGUUUAGUACAAAUGGCAUACUUUAAAGGUGAACUAGGAUUUCUCUUGUAACUGACAAGCUGUAAUGUAUGCUGCUGCAGUCUUGCACAAAAUAACAUAAGCCACUC